AUGAGCUUCUCGACGUGGCCUGGGUACCUCGCCGGGCACCGCUGGUCCAGCGAGCCCUUCUCGCCCGCAACCGCCGCCGACCGCCGACCGCCUCCUCCUCCACUCGCGACCGGUGACGACGACGACGACCUCCCGCAAAACCGACGACAGCAGUGGACGCGCGCGCUCGGCAUCCUCGAGGCCAAGUUCGACAAGGCGACUCAGCGAGACGGCCAGAGCGACACGUUCGUCCGCCUCGCCCUCACCCUCGACCUCAACCUCGACCCGCCGCACGCCGCCACGACCGCCUUCCUGUCGCGCCUGCUCCUCGCCUGGGCGUCCCUCCGAGCCAAGCACCCGCUCCUCGCCUGCACCGUGCGCGACGCGCCCCAAGGCAAGCACGCGCCGAUCCCGCUCGUCGACUCGCGCGAGUUCGUCCUCGUCCCGCCGCUCGACGCCGCCGAGGCCCUGUCGCAAGCCGCGCAGACGCUUCUCGUGCACUCGGUCGAGGACGGCGAGUCGGUGCAGGCGGCGGCAGACGAGGUGCAGGACCGCUACGUCCUGAACGGACCGCGAGCGCUCCUCGCGCAGGACGAGUGCCUCGCGCGCCUCGUCGUCGUGCGCAGCGAGCGCGAGCCGCUCGAGCUCGGCUUCGUCCUCGUCAUCUCGCACGUGAUCUCGGACGGCCUGUCCGUCUUCAAGCUCGUCAACGAGCUCUUCUCGCUCGCCUCGUCGCCCGAGCUACCUGAGGCGCCCUCGUCGGCGCCGUGUCUCUCCCUGUCGUCCUUCCUCGACGGUACGCGCGAGGUCGAGGCGUGGGACGUCCCGGCCGACGUCGCGACGGCAUGGCGCGUCGUCCUCCCCGAGAACGAGCUCGCGUCGCACCUGCCGCUCGCCAACGAGGAGCUGUACCCGUCGAUCCCGCUGUCGAGCCCGACGCCGACCGUUCCCGUCCAGCCGACCGAGAACCCGUCGUCCACCACCUCCCUUCCUCCCGCGCCGCCUGUGCCCGCCUCGACGGCCCGGCGACGGUGGCUGUGGGCCAUCACGCGCACGCUCAUCAUGGCGCGCCAACGACGCUUCCCGCGCACCCUGUACUUUCCUCGACUCGAAGCGCCGACGCCGCCGCCGCAGGCGAGGAACCGGUGGCCGCAGCUGCGGUUCGAGCGCGAGACGUCGCAGCGGCUCAUCCGCCUCUGCAAGACCGAGGGCAUCUCUCCAAGCAUGCUCCUCUACUCGCUCAUCUCGCUCUCGGUCGCGCGCAUCUUUCGCCGAGUACACGCCGACAAGCCGUACCACCCCGUCGUCCUCGGCUUCCCCUUUUCCGCCCGCCCCUUCCUCCAGCGCACGCCGCCUCCCGUCGACGCCGGCGCCGCCGCCGACGACCCUGCGCACGCUCCCCGUGGCAGCAGCGACCCCGCCACCGACUGCGCGAUCCGCAUCACGUUCGGGUGCAUCGCCAUGCCGGCCCUCGCGCUCGACGCGCCGACCGACCCGGCACAGCGUGCCCUCGUGGGCGCAACGGUCCUGCGCGGCGCUCGGCUCGCCAAAGCCCAGUUUGCGAGGCUCCUCUCGCAGGAGCACACGAGGCGGACCGUGUUCGUCGCGGGCAUGUACACCAUGAUCCUCGACCGGCUCUUGAACGGCACGGGCCGCAACCCGAUCCCGUACAACGAGCCGCGUACGGCACUCAACGCGAGCAUGAUCGGCGACGUCGACCGCCUCCUCCCGACCUCGUUCGCCCUCCCCUCCCCCUCCUCCUCAUCCUCCUCCUCCUCGACCUCCUCCUCGUCGGGCCCGACGCUCCGCCUGCACGACGUCGCGAUCGGCACGCGCCUGCACCGCGGCGAGGGCAUGCUGCUCGAGGCGUUCACGUGGGACGGGCAGGUGACGCUCUGCCUCGGCGUCGACGACGGGCUCAUGGACCCGCGGCUCGUCGACGAGCUGCUCGAAGGGGUGCGGGAGCUGGGCGAGGCGGUUGCGCACGAGGGAGGGGUGUAGAAGAGCGGCAGGGACUGAGAGCCGGGCGGGCGCGAGUAGACAGAGGGUCCGUGCGGCGUCUUUCCUAGCCUCCCUUCCCUCUCCCUCCCUCGUUUUCUCUCCUUCUUAUCGUCGCACACUCGUUCUUCCCUCG